AUGUUUGUGGGGGUGUGCUCACGGGAUUGUCUGGAUCAAUCACAAGCCCUGAUUACCCAGAGAAUUAUCCCAACAAUGCUGAGUGCCAUUGGGUCAUCCAGGGAACUUCCAGUUCUGUCAUCAAACUGAUUUUUGUUGACUUCCAGAUGGAACAGAGUGAGCAGUGUAAUUUUGAUUAUGUGGCCAUCUUUGAUGGGCCCACAAUGGGAGAUGGACUUCUCAGUCACCACUGUGGAAACAUGAAACCUCCAGAGGUGGUAUCUUCUGCAUAUGAACUGCUGGUUGUUUUCAAAUCAGACUUUAACAUUGCUAACAAAGGCUUCAAGGCAUAUUUCUUUUCAGGUGCAUGUCAGGAGGUAUAUACGGCUGUCAAAGGAAAUUUCUCCAGUCCCCAAUAUCCUCACUCUUACCCCAAUAAUAUCAAGUGUCGCUGGACCAUCCAGCUGCCUCUAGGAUAUCGAAUCAAAGUCUUCUUCCUGGACUUGGAUCUUGAGGGGCGGAACAGCUUGACCGACAGCUGUGAUUAUGACCAUCUGGCUGUGUUUGAUGGAGGUACUGAGACAGCAUCUCUGCUAGGAAAGUGGUGUGGGAGAGAAAUGCUAUCUCCGAUUAUAUCCAGUAGAAACAAGCUACUGUUGGUCCUUCACACUGACAGGAAUACAGCCAACCGAGGUUUCUUGGUAGCAUAUUUUGGAGUUGUCCCUAUGAAUGUCAGCUGCACAAGGACAGAGUUUCAGAUCCAAAUCCCCACACAGUCAUUGGCCCAGCUGGAGCGAAAUAAAAUCUAUUUAGGAGUCCCAUCCUGCCCUGCACAAGUGGUUGGCUUGACCUUUCGGAUACAUGCAAGAUUUGAAACCUGUGGCACAGAACCGCAAAAAAGAAACAACACAUCUGUGAUUGUCAGCAUUCUGUACAUUGACUUUUCAGAUGGAAACCAGGAGGAUAUUCAUCAAUACGAAGUGCAAUGUGAGCCUAAAAGGAAAGAGGCCCUUGUGAAUCUGAUCUCUGGCUCUAAUCCCUAUAGACCGAACCACUAUGCUGAGAACCUGGUUGAGUCUCAGCCAAAGGAUGCAGGAGUAGCAGAUAUCUAUGAGAGCAAGGCCCAAGAUACCAGUGACUUUGUCUUCAUCAGCAUCUGCAUCCUUGCUGGGAUUCUGAUGGUGAUAGCUAUUGUUGGGUUAGUCUUAUUAUAG